AUGACAGAUGAUAUGUAUAUACACGAGAGGACAGGCAGUGACGAGUCGGGCGAUGGGAGUGAAGGCAAACCGUUGAAGACAUUACUGGAAGCCAUGAGACGGUCGGCCGAAGAGCCGUUCCCUACGUUCUACACCAUAGGCGAUGACAACCAAUGGGUUGUAGUGUCUGUGUCUCAGAUCAAGAAAAUCAAAAAAAUUUGGAUCCGAGAGAAGCGUAAGACUGAAGACAAGUACCAAAAGGACGGGGAGGACGAGGAGAGACGACUCAAGAACAUCGAGGACUCCAAGAGAGUGGUCAUCGAAAGGGACGACACGUUGCCGACGGCCAUAGCCAUCAAAGUCAGAGACUGUGUGUCCCACCGGAGCUCAAGAGUGACACUAAAGGGUUGGUGUCAUCGCGUGAGACGACAGGGAAAGGCACUC